UUAUUUACAAUGCCUUCUUACCUUCUCUUGCUUAAUGCAAUACUUGCCUUCAUGGCUACAACAGGUUGUGGUCAAAGCACUUGUUGCAGCAAUGGGCCAGUCUACUGCCUUAAUGCAAUAAAAGACGUCUGGCUGGAAGGAGGAUCAAAUAAAAACUCCUAUGGCCUUAUAAUUGGUAAACAUCCGGAAUUCCCCAAGAAAAGGAGUCUCAUUCAAUUUGGGGACAUACCAAGUGAUUGUGGCAACAUUGUAUCAGCAAAACUUUACUUGAAGUAUUGGUAUUCACACAAAGCCAGCUGGCAGAAUAUAACUAAUAUCAAUAGAACAGUACAAGUUCAUCAGGUCAAACAAGAUUGGACAGAGUCACAGGCAACAAGUACUCAUCACAAGACUGGAAUAAAAUGGAGCAAACCUUAUCUUGCUCUUGAUGGGACUGAUGCAAAUCCAAAUACUUUGGACACUGUUAUCUUCCCUCCUACUAAACCAUGGCUUCAACUGGAUAUCACUGAA